CCAACUUGGGCAGGCCCCGCAGACCGGCCCACCUAGCUCCCCCAGCCCAGAGGCUCCAACGGUGCAGAAAGCAUGAUGCGUUCAUCACACGUGAGACCCAACCUCGCUUUGCUCAGACGGCACCCCCUCCCUGCCCCUAUCCCCUCCCGUGCCCGCUCCGUGCUGUUCCCUGGGAGCUCACCCCACUGCAGGCCGUGACCUUGGAGGGCCCCUUCGGGGACCACCCCCGCCCCCAUCACAGCACCGACCCCACCGGCCGUGACUGUAUCCGGCUGGCGGUCCCGCGCACUGCACCCCUGCUACAACAGAGCCGGGCCUGCGCCUGACGCGCACAGACGCGAAGUGAAGGUGCACAAAUGGAAGCGGGUGGUGGCGUCCCUCUCGAGCGUGGACACUCCAAACUCCCCUCCUGGUGUCCAUGUCUGCAUUUGCCUCGUCCUCAGGGGCUCCUUUUGUUUUGGCAUCCGUCACGCUCCGAGGCGGAGGUAAAUCCCGCAGGGCCAGGGCCAGGGCCUCACGGGCGACCCUCCCAGCUGGGAGAGGUGGGUGCUGGUCUGCUCCAGAGACCCGCUUUGCAGGGGCUGACACCUGACCUGUCUGCGCCCCACCCCGCCGUCCCCGCUUGAUGGCGUCUCACCUCUGCCCCGGCUUCCCUCCCAGCCCAGGGGGCGCCCGCGGCCUACGGGGCCCGACGCUCCCGAUCCCGAUCCGGAUUGGCUGCUGCCCCGCCCCCUUCGCCCUGCCAGAGCAACUGUUGCUAAAGGGGCGUGGCUCGACCUGGGAGUCAGGGAGCGUCCCGCGGCCUCAUGAAUAUUUGAGUAUUCAAAUGACGCUCCGGCCCCGUUGCCAUGGCGCCCAGGGCCCGCAACCCCGCCCCCGGAAGAAAGACCGACCCCGAGUCGCAGCGAGCCCCCGGCGGCGGAGGGCGCCCAGGGCGGUGGCACACAGACCAACCCCUCAGGUGAGGUCACUGAGGCGCACAGAGCCAGGGCUCGGCAACCCUCCCAAGGCCUCUGUCAGAGCCCAGCUGGCCACCCUCCCUGCCCUAAGCAUGGCGGAGAGGAUGCGUCUUGAACGUCCACAGAGGCUGAUAGAUAAGAACAGUGGCUGGUGACUAGCGCAGAGCCCUGUACGUUGUGGACGCAGCGGGCAAGCAUCCUGCCCGCACAGAGCCCGCGUUGUCUUGGGCCGCUCCAGGUCCCUCAUCAGGAUGACUGAAAGCACCUGAGGGCCAGUCCCCACACUGGCAGCCCCAUGCAUCUCGGCACCUGCUCACUUCUGAGCCCUGUGACCUCAGUCCCGCCUGUCUCAGAUCCCCUGGGCACAGUGACCUGGCCAGGAGGCCAACCCACCUCUCUCCUGCAGGUGCCACUUGGGGACACAUACCGCCCCCUUGCCUGAAUGUUUGACCCGUGGUGGAAAAAGGCAGCUGCCUCAGCAGGUUGGAUGUGAAUGGACCAGGCCUGGGACAAAGCCCACCGGCCUUGGCCGAGCACAGCCGAUAUCCUGGUGCGGGAGCUGAGCUGGCAAGGCCCGCACAACCCCUGCCCGAAGAGCAAGGACCCGGGCAGCCAUGGCGAGCAGUUGGUAGAGGAGUACCUGUCACCUGCCCGACUGCGCGCCCUGGCCCAGGUAGAUGACCUUCGACUGGUGGGCAUGCUGGAGAUGUGCGUCAGCACCCGUGAGAGCAGCCUGGGGAACUUCGGGGUGCACCUGCCCAACCUCAGCCAGCUGAAGCUGAACGGUAGCUGCCUGGGCUCCGUGAGAGACCUGGGCACCUCGCUGGGCCGCUUGCGGGUGCUGUGGCUGGCCCGCUGCGGCCUGACCGACCUGGAUGGCAUUGGCUGCUUCCCGGCCCUGAAGGAGCUCUACGUCUCCUACAACAACAUCUCAGACCUGAGCCCGCUGUGCCUGCUGGAGCAGCUGGAGGUCCUGGACCUGGAGGGUAACAGCGUGGAGGUCCUGGAGCAGGUGCGUUACCUGCAGCUGUGCCCGAGGCUGGCCACGCUCACCCUGGAGGGCAACCUGGUGUGCCUGCGGCCAGGGCCCAGCCCCUCCAACGAGGUGCCCCCCGGCUACAACUAUCGGGCAGAGGUGAGGAAGCUCGUCCCACAGCUGCGGGUCCUGGAUGAGGUGCCAGCCACACACACGGCCGUGCCGGCCCCCCGGGAGCUGCGCCAGGACUGGCUCAUGGUGAAGGAGGCCAUCAAGGAGGGCAGUGUCUACGAAGGCCUGUUCCCAGGGCUGGAUCAUCCCCACGGAGCCCCCAUCCGGACACUCGGCUCCCAGCUCUCCUUGCCUGAGACCCAGCCACGGGCCCCCAGGCCACGGCCCCUCUCCCUACUGGUCACUGGGGGUCCCCUGCCGGGAGGCCUGCUUCCCAAGGACCCAGCUCCACAGGACGACACCAGUAACCUCACCCACGGUGGUAGCCGAGUCCUCUGCGGAAACCCUACCAAAGGCCUACGGGAGCGUCGACACCAGUGCCAGGCCUGGACACCUCCGGAGCAGCUGGCCCCACAGGAGGACCUGGCUGCCAGUGCCUCCACCCCAGGGCCUGACCCUGCAGACAGCAGUGACCUCCUGGCCUUGGCUAGGCUCCAGGCCCGGAGGGAGCUGCACCUUCGUAGGUACCUGGAGUCCCAGCAGGAAGGUGCCACAGCCCCCCGGGGCCCACGGGGGGCGCCCGAAGAACAAGAGGACGAAUCUAAGCCCAGGACUCCCUCUGGCCCCCAGUGUCUGGUCCCAGAGUCUUCUAGGACCUCAGGCUGUAACCUGAUCCCCUCUCCCCCUAAGUUCCCCUUGCCAUCUGAUUCCAGCAACACCUUCUGGGGGUCCACAGACCUGCAGUUCAGGAGGCGUAGGCUCAGAGCCCUAGGCAGCUUGAGGCCUGGCCUGGGUCAGGGGCUAGCUGCGGUGACAGCUCUAAGAGGCCUGGAGGUGGCCUCGGGGCCGAACCCUCGAGCCCAAGGAUGUCCCAGCCCAAAGCCAGCCCCGGAUCCAGCAGCCAGACCUCCCCGGCCUCCGGUGCGUGCAGCACCUGAACCCUAUCACCCCAGCCCAAUCCCACCCCUAGUGUAACCCCCCACCCACUGCCAAGCUGGCCUGGACUGCGGGCCAAGGAGCCCCAGUGUGGUCGUGGGAGCCCCAUGUGAACUCUGGCCUCAUGGAACCCAGAGCAUCUUGGAGAGUGUGUUGGGGGGCGGGAAAUAGGCUUGAAUAAGAGGGACCCUUCUUGGUGGAAGGGAGUGGGGGGGUUGGAACUGCCAGGGGUGGGCACAAGGAAGAGCCCAGAAUAGGAGAGCCCAGUUCCCCACCGCUGGCCCCGCUGCCCGCUCCUUCCAUGGGGCCCGGCCUUCCCAGGAGGAGUGGUCAGAGCGACGAACCCGGAGGACACAGGCCGGGCCCAGGCUGAGGUGGCCGGAGUGCAGCCAGGCCCCCCUCGCCCCCCGACCCUGGGGGAUUUGUGCGGGUCCUCGCCCACGCAGGGACAGGGCAGCCAGUGCCCUUCCCUUGGGAUAGGGCACCCCAAAACCAAGCGAAUCCGCUUUAAGGACUCUCGGGUGUACAUGAAUGCGGUUUACUUCGUAGGCGACGUUGGUUCAAUAAAUU